AUGGUGGGCGUGCCACUGCUGAUCGCGUUGAUUUUUCAUUGCGUGCUGUCACGUGUUUGGCCUUCGAUACUCACCUCUUACUGUGUUUCUUUUGUGCUUUGUAAUUAUCGAGCCCUUUUGCACAGUCUUUUCCAUCUCUUUGAUGAUGCAUCCUUCAGACGAAAGUAUUGGAUAUUCAUCAUGCCGAGCGGAGCAAAGGCUAACAAAUUUAUGAACCGCCACGCUGUGGAGGCCCGUGAGCGUGAACAAGAGCGCAGCGCCCAAAUUAAAGCAAAAAAGCGACAGGAAGAGGAGGAUGCGCUGUGGGCUGAAAGUGAUGCCAAAGCACUGAAGAAGCAGGCAAAACAACGUGAGGCUGAGGAGAAGGCUCAGCGCCAAGCGGAGCAGCGUGCGCUCAAAAAAGAGUUACUUCUACAGGAGGAACAGGAACUCAGUGCAAAAGUGCCACAGAAGGUUUCACGGCGCCAGAUGCAAAAGGACCUGUCGAAGGUGCUCGCAGAUUACGAUAGGAAAAAGCAGGUGGAACCAAGGGAGAACCAAAGUCAACUUGCGGCUGGAGGCGCCGGCGACCCUUCAGCGGGGAAUUUGAAGAAACCAGGAGACUGGAGCAAAGGUGGUGCGGUCGCUGAGGGUCCCUUGAAUGAAGCUCUCUCGGCUCUGCAACUCCGGAAUCCGGGGGAACAGGUGGUGCCCGAGGACCGUCAUAUUGGCAAGCGCGCUCGCGUCCUUUACCGGCUAUUCUGUGAGGAACAACUUCCCAGGUUACGAGAGGAGCGACCUGGUUUGAGACGUUCGCAGUACAACGAUUUACUGUGGGAGAUGUGGCAGAAGGAUCCAUCGAACCCGUUUGUGCAACGCAACGAGAGGCGUUCCGCUGACCGACUUGAGCAGGAGCGGCGCUGGAUUGAGGGUGAUGACGAUGAGGAGGGCGAAGAAGAGGAUAGUGGUCAGUAA